AUGAUCUCAGGAGGACCUCACAUCGGAGGAACUACCCGGAAGGAGCUAAAGCGUUACGCAGGGGCCGUGAAGCACAAUGAGGUUUGGGAGGUUACUCAACUCCCAGCUCAAAGGCCCUGGCUGAUGGAUCAGCCCAUUACAUUCACAGAAGAGGACGCUAAGACAGUGUGUUUUCCUCAUCAUGACCCCUUGGUCAUAGAGACUCCCAUUGCCAAUAAGAUUGUGGCUAGUAUCCUAAUCGACAACGGGAGUUCUGUGAACUUGUUAUUCAAAGAAGCCUUUACAGCAAUAGGCCUCACGGACCGGGAUCUUUCACCAAGCGCUUACAAUGCAAUCCUCGGCCGACCGGCCCUGGUGGAUUUUGGUGCAGUCACGUCAAUUAGGCACUUGUGCCUGAAAUUCCUUACUCAAGAGGCUACAAUAGGAACCGUGAAAGGGAAUCAAGGAGAGGCCAGGCAGUGUUACAACGUUGCCGCCCACCUACCCGUCCUAAUGGUGCGUGAAAUUAUUGAGCCAGAAAUGGCGGAAGAAGAUGAGUUGGAUCCCCGUGUGGGAUCCGAGAAAAUUGUAGAAACCAUGGAGGACGUCGAGAAAGUGUCAGUGUGCGACCUCGACCCCACCAAAGUCCUCCGGAUAGGAAAGAGCCUAGAACCGGAGGAAAAAGAAAAAAUAAUAAAGACUCUAAGGGCUGCCACAGACGUUUUUGCGUGGUGUCAAGAAGACAUGACCGGCAUAAGCCCCCACGUCGUAACCCACGUCCUUAACGUCAACCCAGACAUGCCACCAGUUCAACAAAAAAGACGCCCCCUCGACUUAGUAAAGGCCGAAGCCCUAGAAAAAGAGGUGGGCAAAUUGCUAACUAGUGGCAUGAUCCGGGAUGUAUAUUACCCAGAAUGGCUAGCCAAUCCGGUACUGGUUCCAAAGCCAAACGGAACAUGGCGGGUUUGUAUAGAUUUCACCGAUCUUAAUAAAGCCUGCCCCAAAGAUUGUUUCCCCUUGCCAAGAAUCGACAAGAUGGUGGAUGCCACCUCCGGAUUCAAGCUAUUGUCCUUCAUGGACGCAUACACAGGUUACAACCAGAUCAAGAUGCACAUCGCGGAUUAG